AAUUUUAAAAGUUUGGGAGUUACAGUGACGACUCAUGGAGACGAAAGCCGCACGCUACCUAUUCGAAAAGAAGCAACCGCCAUGCCGUACAGUCCUUUGAAUCCUCUGCAAACAAAUUGCUUCGAAAUUGCUCAUUGCAAAGGAGUAAAUACAGGGAUAAACGAGGUGAAAAGAUGACAGUAGUUACACACAUUCCCCGGCUCGAGGUAAUUGAAACUGCGGCGGAGGUUGCAGAUUUAGCUAUUAAAGCUUUUCAGCACAAGGACGAGUCAUCCAAUCGACUUCAAUAUGAACUGGAAAAACAAUUGUCUGAAAAUCAGAGACUCAGGGCAGAAUUGGAGAAUGUUUGCAAAACAGUACAAAAAAUCCAACUCUUGCAUAAUUGUUGCCUAAAUAAAUGUGAGGAUCCCACUGCAUGCGGAAUUCGCUACCCCCGACUGGACGAUUGUCCUUCAGAUUUGUAUGAACGAAUAAGAAAUACCGUGGAAUCUUCAAAUUUUUUGACCAAACUAAAUACCUUAACUGAAAGUGGAGAAGACACAGUUGAUGACCCAGGAAAAAUAGAGGAGUUUGAAGGGGAUACAAUGGUUAAUGUAAACCUAGAAGACCCAAGUUGGUGGCUCUGGGUUACAGAUGAUAUGGUUCCAAGCAAUGUGGUGGAAAAAUGUGGUUUAGACAAUGAAGGGUACAUCGUUGUUACAGAGGAAGAUAUAGUGGAUGCGAUUUCCAUAUUCAUUGCAAACUGUAUUUUCUCUGAUCCACAAGGAAAGAAAAUGACACCAGAGCAGCUGCAAAAAUUCCUUUCAACUGCCCUCGAAAGCAUGAAUAGAAGAAAUAAAAUUAAGAAAUUGUGGAAUGCUGGCAAGUUUAUGUACAGUGCAACAACAUGGGGAAUCACUGCAAUUGGGUUUUACAGACAUCCGUUUAUACUCAGAUCAGCACUGAAAAUGCUACUUGCAUGUGGUAGGAUUCUUGUAAAGGCAGUCUAAGAUGAUGCAUAAAAAUGAUAAAAUAAUGGAACAACUGUAUUAUUCCUUUCCUCUUAAAUCUCGUUCAGCUAGUUCAAAUUCAUUUCUGGUAUUUGAUUUGUACUGAGAUUUAAAUUUUAUCAGGAUUCCUCCUGACACACCUGCAAAGCAGAUGUAUGUAGCUAGUAAACUGUAAAUAAAGGCUAUUUACAUGUUUUGAAGGUA